AUGGUCAAUGCAGUAAAACCCCCUCCAGGUUGGUUAGCCUUGCCAGCAACAGCAACCGACGAGGAGAAGGGUUACUGGAAUGAAUUCCUGGAACAAUGGCAGCUGCAAGAGCGCAAGUUCGAGGAAGAUGAAGAUGAGUGGAGUAAGAUCUCACGAAAGCUGAAAAAGGAACCGGCAGGCAAACUAUACAAUCAUUAUAUUGGGAAGAAAGUGCAACAUAAAGAUCUCACUUGGGGUCAUCUUGUCGCAGCUCUUAUCCUUUUUGGAAAGGAUCAGGUAAUAAAUUCGACUUUUGGCAAGAGGAUUCAGGAGAAGUAUCCUAAAUCAGAUAUCACAACCAUGCAAUUCAACAAACGGGGGCCAACUAUUAGAACAUCAGCUCAAAGUAAUAGAAGAGGACAGUCAAGGUCAAGGCGAGCUACAAGCGAACAUGAAGAAGAGGAAAAUGAAGAAACUGAAGAAGAGCAACAACUAUCAGAAGAAGGACAACGAGUACCAGAACAAGAACAACAAGUGCAACAACAAGUGCAACAACAAGUGCAACAACAAGUACAACAACAAGUACAACGACAAGAAGGAGAAGGACUCGAAAACCACCGAGUCCCCGAAGAGGUAGAAGUAUCAGCGCCAGCGCCAGUGCCAGUAUUUUGGAAUACAAGGAGAUGUUUCACCAAUACCACCAGUUCCGGGCCAAAAACCAGUAGCUGGCGAAGCGGUAAUAUCUUCGGAGCCGCCCCUCCUCCGGGAAUUCCAACAAACAAUCAUAGCCAGUCUCCUCACCCUCAACACGGAACGACUAGGUCAAGAGACAGCGCAAGGCAGGCCCAGGCAGAAAGCGCCAUCAAUUGCCCUUCUAGAUCUAGUUUUAAACAACCUCGGGCAAAUCCCCAAUCUAACAAACCCGAAGCCAGCGGUCCUGUCCAGAAUCGAGAAUCCCUACACCAGCCAGACUCUACUAUAAACGUUAUCUCAAACUUCGACCCUGACACCACCACCAACGUUGCUCAAGAAACUCCAGACUCAAACCUCAGACAGGCUCACGAUUCUAUGACCAUCAAUAGCAGUCUUGGACCCGGGGAGGGUUGCGAUGGAAUUUAUUUAUUGGAAGAUACCGUUACCGCCGCCAACACUACGGCCAGCAAUGGGCUCCCUAGCAAUAAUUUCACCAGCAUUGAUCUCACGGACGCUGGACUUACCGGUAGCUCCGUGACCGACCAGUCUCACAACAGCAGACUUUCCAGCAAUACCUCAGCCAGCAGGCGUAGUGGUGUCUUCCCCCCAAGUCCAUGGAGCACGGCAACAAGCAGGCCCACUCCCAGAAAGCGGAACAUUGACCAAGUUGGAGAUGAUAUCGCACCAAGGCCCAGCCCAGUCUCCUCAGCUGUAUGGGCAUCGCUCCUAUCAAAGCCGUCUUCCCCUCAUGUUAAUACGUUUGUGGAACCUAUCAAUGCGACUUACGGACACCUCACCAACCACACUGGGGCUCUUGAGCAAAUCUUACAACGCUACCAUCAGUUAGGCGGCUAUGUAAUUAGCCUGGACGGGCCUGAAAACGAGCACACGCAACUGCGUGAAAAUGGCAUCAGUAUAAUUCGCGAUAUUGAGACCUGGGGUUUGCAGAUAAUCGAAUCAAGAAAUAGGGUCACGGCCGAAAUCGAAAGCCUUCGCGAAUCCAACCAUAACUUUGCCAGGUCAAAUCAAGAAUUAGAGUUGGCAAACACCGAGACGGCCAAGGCAGAAGCCAACAAAGCCCUCGACACGCUUGUUUCCCAAUUUGCCGAGCAUCUAUCCGACUCUAGAGCAAAGUUUGACACGUUCCGGCAAGAUGUUUGGAAGUCACUUGAGGAAAAUGAAGCAACAACUGGUCGCUCCUUGCACCAAAAACUGGAGAGUUUGGAGGCCCAGAUGAGCACCACAACCGCCACUUUGAAGGAGGAUCGUGCUAGAGAAGUGGACAUGAUGCAGUCCAAGUUGGAGCGUUUGGAGGCGAUGCUCGAAAAAUCGACUGAGAAUAAUGAAAAAUUAGAGAAGCGGAUUGAGGGGCUCACCGGCGUCGUCGCUGAUAUUGGAGCUGCUACCGGCGUUGUUCACUCAGAACAGCAAUGGAAUACGGCACUCGAAAUGUACGGGCUGCUGUAA